AUGAAUUUAAGACCAUCUAAAACGGUUAUUACAGAUAAUCUUGGUAGAAGAUACGAAGUUGUGAAUGGCAUAAAAAAAGAAUUAACACAAGGUUUACCUUUCGUUAUUGAUGAAAAACCUGAUAUGCAAAUUUCUUGUAUUAUACAUGGUUUAUUUCUUAGUUCACAGGAUCCUGCCGUCAGUAUAGAAAUACUUAAGAAAUACAAUAUAAAACACAUUUUAAGUAUUGGAGUUUCCCGCUCACCAACUAUUGUUAUUUCUUAUUUGAUGACUUUAGAAAAUAUAUCAUAUGAUGAAGCAUACGAAAAAGUUAAAAGUAAAAGAAAUUGUAUCAAACCCAACAGCGGAUUUGUUAAUCAAUUGAAAGCAUUAAAUGUAUCAAAUUUACUUGAACGAGAUUAA